AUGAUGUGGUCCAACUUCUUGAUGCAAGAGGAGGACCGGAGGCGGGCUGGCCGGAGGCGGGCCCGGGGACAGCCGCAGCUUGGGCUGACGCCUGAGCGGGAGGGCCAAGUGAAACUGGUGCUGCUGCUGACCGCUGUGGGGGCCGUGCUGGCCGUGCUGGCCGUGGGCACCGAGUUCUGGGUGGAGUUCAACACCUACAAGGCCAACGGCAGCGCCGUCUGCGAGGCCGCCCACCUGGGGCUCUGGAAGGUAUGCAUCAAGCGGCUGUGGCAGGCCGAUGUGCCUGUGGGCAGGGAGACCUGCGGUCCUGCGGAGCUGCCUGGAGAAGCCAACUGCACCUACUUUAAGUUCUUCACCACAGGGGAGAACACUCGCGUCUUCCAGAGAAGCACCAAGAAGGAGGUUAACGUGGCAGCUGCGGCGGUUGCAGUCUUGGGCCUGGCGCUCAUGGCCUUGGGCUGCCUCUGCGUCAUCAUGGUGCUUAGUAAAGGUGCUGAGUCCCUGCUCCGAGUCGGGGCUGUGUGCUUCGGCCUCUCAGGCCUGCUGUUACUCGUCAGUCUGGAGGUGUUCCGCCAUUCCGUGCGUGCCCUGCUCCAAGGAGCCGGCCCAGAGCCCCCGACACCCCCACCGCUGGCCUACGAGUACUCCUGGUCCCUGGGCUGCUGUGUGGGUGCCGGCCUUAUCCUGUUCUUGGGGGGCGGCUGCUUCUUGCUGCUCUCCCUGCCGACCUGGCCCUGGGGCUCGCUCUGUGUGCAGCAGAGACCCUCGGCCAGCUAG